AUGGAAGCAUACAAAAAGCUUCAAACAUUUAUUUCUUUUAAAAGAAACUUAGUAUCUGGAACACCCGCUGAGAAAAAACUAAAAACUUAUGACAGAAAGCUACAAUUACAAACAGCUAAUAAAUGGAAAGUCUCUACGCUUGCAAAAUAUAAUGCUAAUGAUUGGCUUGAAAUUGAAAGCGUUGACGGAAUAGUUACAGCGCUAAAAUGCAAAGUAUGCCGAGAAUAUGCAUCGCAAAUUCAGAUUUUAAAAGGCUACACUCCGGAAUGGAGCUGUGGAAAAGGAUGUAGUCAAUUGCAACAUAGUUCUGCAAUCACGCAUGCAAAGGGAAUGUCUCAUCAGAAGGCUUUUGAGAUUUUUAUGAAAACGAGAGGCAUGAAUUUGUGCGAUCGAAUUGAAAAACUAAACGAGUUGCAGCAGGAAAUGCGGCAAACAGACAUUUUUUCCGCAAAAGAAGAACUAUCGCUUUGCCUAUACCCAAAAAUAAUUCAAUUAGAAGAGAAACAUGGUGUAGUUUUUGGUCAGGCUUAUAAAAACGAAAACACAUGCGGAGUAUUUAUUGACUACAUUGCUCUUAGUUUAGCGAUAGAUCUCAAAAAUAAACUAAAUACUCGAAAUUUUUUCACUAUUUUAAUUGACGGUUCUAACGACGUUUCAAUUAAGGAAAAAGAAGCUAUAUUUGCCGUUACUUUUAAUCCGGCUCCAACUGGAAAAUCUGAAGUAAACGUUGAACGUGAUUUUCUUUCACUUUUGGAUGUUGAGUAUGGAACUUCGCACGGAGUUUUCAACACCAUAAAAAAGUCACUCGAGAAUAUAGAAGUCGUAAAUUGCAAUAAAAAACUAGUUGGAUUUGGUGCGGAUGGCGCAUCCGUUAACAGAGGGAGCAAGUCGGGCGUUAAAAUGUUGCUCAAGGCUGAAGUCCCCUGGAUCACGUUUGGCUGGUGUGUAGCACAUCGUCUCGAGUUAUCAUUAAAAGAAAAAUUAGGAAAAACAGCCUCAUUCAAUGACGUUGAUUACAUGAUUUUAAAAAUGCAUUACAUUUACAAAAAAUCCCCCAAAAAGUUAAGACAGUUGGGUGAACUCGUUUCUAUUUUAGAAGAUGAUGAAUAUAACAUUGGUGGUUACCGACCUAAGAAAGCCUCCGGUACACGAUGGAUUUCACAUAAAGUUUAG